UUUUUUUUUCUCCAACAACCCCUCCUCCCAGAAACCAUGGCUGCUUCUUUCAGCUUGGACGAAAAGCGAUUUGUUCUCGCGGAGAUGAUCAAAUGCAGUACCGUUGAUGUCGAGAUGUUGAUACGAUUUGUGGAGUCAAACGUGUCCGAUCCCAACUGGAUGACGAUGCAAAUCCCGUCAGGCCGCAAUCUGGAACAGUGCAUGCAAGUCGCGAACCGGUCACCGACAGCCCCAAACCACAGAUCCGCAAUGUCUCAAAAUGAUCAUCUGGCCAACAGUGGUAUGAAUCAUCCAAGACAGAUUGCGCCGAGAACCAGUCCUGGUGGCCAAACCCCUGGGGCUAUGCCAAUGUCGCCCGUCAAUAUGCCUCCGUGGCCGCCAGCCGAUGGUGUUGAGGAUAGGCGAGCACUGCCCUACGAAGCUCCAAAUGCUGCCCCUGCUCCCCGAAAGAGAGGGCGUCCUUCGCGAGUGGACAGAAGCACAGCUGUACCUCCUCGUCUUGCCAACAUCGCCCCCAGACCUCCUCAGUCUGCUUCAGGCUCCAACACGCCUCGGCCUAUUCUCCCGGCUAUCCAGCGCCCAGCUGAUACUGCUGCUCGAAGUUCUCAGCCGCCACCCCCCGCGCACGUCCCGCUACUGCUCGACUCUCCCCCGAGUAAGAAGAGGAGAAAGACGAGCGCAGGUGCGGUUUCAGUCUCCACCCCGCCUCCUCUCCCUGCUAUUACCACACCUCCUGCGUCGGUGGAUCAUGAGAAACGACCGCGAGAGCUGAGCGAGGCAAAUACCAUACACGUGCGUGAGAAUAUACGUGAGAUGGGACAAGUACCAUCCCCUCGCCCAAUGCCACUGGAACCGGAGCCGCGGCAUCAUGCCUCCCUCAUGCCUGUAGUAGCAUCUACGGCAUCAUCUCAAAUCAAAGCGUAAAUAACAGUACUGGCCACAGCUUAGCACUCUCUUCUUUCAGGAUUUCUGUCAAAAGGCCCAAAUGGCUAGGUUAAAGGAACACCUAUGGUGUGUGUUUGUUUCUACAAUUCAUGUUUCUUUCUUGGUAGUGUCACAACAUUAUACCCUUUCAACUUCUCCCACGAUCCCCAUUUCAUGUACCUGCAAAUUUUCUUCCUUUUACGCUUCUCUUUUCCUUCUUUACCUGUUCCUAUUCCUGUUCCCUUUCCCUUUUGACUUUCCUUUACGAUUUGUGUGGAGGUUGCUUUAGAGCAUACUGGCGUUUUGUUACUACAUUACCUGCGCGGUCGGCUGUUUGAUAUUUGGAAGCAUCUAUGUGCACAUGGAUUUGAAUGAAAGUGAUGAUUCUAGGUUUUGAGAAACGAAACGAGCUAGGUAAUCAUGAAUGACAUGGCCUCGAAGCGGGGUGGCACCGUCUUCCCGCUUCUUUUCCCCUCUUCCAUUUCUCUUCUUCUUUUCCGCCGUUUUUCUUUUCCUUUUCUUUUCUGUUCUUUUUUGCAUCGCACAGGUAGAUAGAUUGAGGUGCUGUUGAACGGCAUCUCAUCCCAUAUUUUUCUUCUUAGGCAAGCCCACAUUUUUGU